GGAAUGAACACUUUAUUUUAAAGCGGGCUGUUUAUAGCUGUUUGCCGUGGUUCCCUAUACUUACAAAUGGACUUUUUGAAUUGGCUCAGUGGGUGGAAAAGGGAUUCUAACGAUGAUAGUCAGUUAGACUUCUCGUUCCUAUUUCCUGCCACCAUUGGAGUAGGAUCAAUAAUCAUUUGUCUUGUUGCCCGCUACCGGAAUGAGUUAUUCGAUUUAAAAUCGACUGUGUUCCGAAAUACAAAGGAUGAAAAACUUUCUUCACGUCGUGGCAACUCCUAUUCCAAUUUCAGGAAGAAGCCAAAACAUUCCAACAAAUCUGAGUCAAAUACUACCCAAAUUCGAAAAACGGAAGUUUCACAACCACUUGUUAUCGAGACACUAGCUCCAGUCCUACCUGUCCAACAAACGGAAUGCGCAUCAGUUCAGCCUAUUCAAAUUAAACAAGAAACAGUCAGCGAGGCAACAGAUGGGAUUGAGGCUGAGUUCUUUAACCCCGUUCCAAAGAAGCAGAAAAAGUCGAAACGUUCAUCUAAAACGAAAGACGCUCAAAACCAUGGUUUGAAUGAACAAACUGAGAUUGAUUCAGCAUGGGUUACGGUCACUUCAAAAAAGGCAAAACUUUCCAACCGAAACACUCAAAAGAAAAAGAACGUGGAUAGUGAAGGAGAUCAAUCAGUUUCGGAAAAUCACUCACCCAUUUCUUUUGCUGAAUCACCGAUCCAAAAUAAGCAAGCAAACAAUAAGCAACAAGAGUUAUCCGCUAGCAAUAAACCUAGCUCCUUCAUUGUAGAAAAUAAGUCUAUGAAUGUGGAAUUAAACACAGACCAAUCAUGUCCUACUAAGCGGUCAAAAGCUCCUGCUCAAACUCAACCCAUGAAAACUGAACAUAAUGAAAUUACAAAGUUGGGUACCGUGAAUUCACAUACUUCAACACCUUAUGAAGAGUUGUUGUACAAAAAUCUUGGUGCUGAAACAGUAACAGCCAUCCGAUCAUUGAUUCUGAAUAGCGAAACCCAUACUUCACGUCCCUCUGAAAUCCCUUUUUCAUGUGAUGAGAUGAGUAAACAAAAAAUAUCGUCUGUGUCUCCUAAAAGUACGAAUAAUCUGCCCACAACAAGUGAACUUAUAUCACAGCAUAUGACAGCCCAACUGCAAGCGAAAGAAGCUGAAUGUCAGGUUUUGCGUACUGAAGUUGUCCAUUUAAGGGAUGAAGUAAAAAUACUGAAAACUCUAGCUCUUAAUCGUGUACCUGUCCAAAAGCCCAUGACUGAUGCUGAAACUAUGACUGAUCCAAUUGAAUCACCGGAUAUUAAGUCCUCGCAUCCUCAACAAACGACCGAUUCAGAUGCAAUUCUACUGUCGACUCUUCAAAAUGAAAUCGCCCGUUUAGUUAAAGAAGUGGUUAUCUAUCAACAACGUAGUGAAAAUUUGAAAAGUCGUUUGGAUACGGCCAAUAAGAAAUUAUCCGAUUCAAAAUCUAAAGCUGCUGAUGAAACUAAAUUAUUACAACAAACUUUAGAUACACAAUCGGAGAAAUUAUACAGUCUAGAGUCUGAGAAUAGUCGUUUAGAAAAAGAAUUAAAAGAUGUAUUACAGAAAGCUGAAAUUCAUCAUCGAAAAUCUGAGGAGGCCGAACACAAACUCACACAGCGUUUGGAGGAACUAGAAGUACUCCGACUAGAUAUCUCAUCUUUCAGGAGCAAAUGUGAAGCACUGGAAAAUGGAAACUCUGUACUUCGAGGAGAAAAAGACAUUCUAACACGCAAAUUCGAAGAAUUGAGCAAUAAACAUUCCAGUGUUCUGUCCGAAUUGUCUGCAUCUCAAUCACAAUGUAACGUACUUCGUAGACAAAUAAGUGAAUAUGAUGAUCGUCUCCGUCAAAUAAAUGAUCAACAUCAAAUUGUUGUAGAUGAUAUGAAGAAUCAGUUAACAUCAUUAUUAUACAACCAUGAAACAAAGGAAAAAUCACAUAUCAAUAUGAUAAAUACAUUAGAAACUAAAUUAGAACAGUUUACCAAUGAAAAUAAUGAAUUAAAUAAAUUACUUAAACUACAUGAAAGUGAACUAGAACAUUUACGUACUGUUGAAAAAGUUACAGUAAUUCAAAGAACUAAUGAAGAUAAAUUUACGCAAACUGUCGAUGAUAUUCAGAAUAAUGAUCCUCAAAUCGAUGAUGGCAAGUCAAGCAGCAUUAAUUAUGAAACCAUUGUUAAAAUGAAUGAUCAUACAAACCAAACAGAAUCGGAUCAAUUUAUUAUUAAGCCUAGUGAAUACAAAUCAUUACAAAAUCAAGUUGAUCAUUACAAGUCAGCAUUGGAUGCCACUGAAUCAAUGCUAUCUAAAUUACAAACGUCCGUGAAUGAAGAAGAAGCACGUUGGCACAAAGCAUUGGAUGCUGCAAAUAUUGAAAAUGAAUUGUUAAAAACGAAAUCAAUUAAACUUGAAGCUGCUUUAAAUGAAUUAAUAGAAGAUCGUAAUACUUUGACAACGACUAUCGAAGAGCUUCGUAAAAACAGGGAGUUUAAUAGUUGUAAUCUGGUUGAAACUUCGACUGAUAAUUCUCUGACAGCAUCCAUCAGUACAGAAAAGAAGUUGAACAAUUCGUCAUCCAUUUCACCAUCACCGUCCUCGCCAUUAUCAACAUCAGCGACAACUGAUGAUACUGAUGAACAAAACAUGUCCAAAUCCGAAUUGAUACGCUUAGUUGCUAAAUUACGUAAUCUUGUUGAAGUGGAACGUAAUGCAUUGAAACAAGAACAAUCAUUAUCAGCUGAGUUAAGAACGAAAUUAAACGACACCGACUCACACGAUGAUCAGAAUUAUAAUUAUUCAAAUAAUAAUUGUUCAGACGAGAACACGCGCUUAAUCAAUAGUCCUACAGGAACUAUAGAAAAUGCCGUAAAUCAUCAUAACAAUUCUGGUGAUGAUCAUUAUACCAAUAUGAAAACUAAUUCUCUGCAUAACCAUCCAAAAGAUGGUCUACGAGAAACUGAUGAUGUCAAAUCUGAACAAUCGAACAAUUGCUUUAAUGUAAUAUCGAAAAUUCCAGAUUGUGUUCCUCAACAUGAAAUAUCGUCGAAUGACAGUGGUUACAUUGUUUUAUCCAAUGGUAUACAUAAGGAAUUAAAUGGACAAGCCAAUCAUGAUCAAAUUGAUAGUAGUAAUGCUGAUGAUAAUAAUUAAUAUGAAACUGCAAUAUAAAUACGAAUUUUUCUACCUAUAUGUUUUUUUUUCUGUUCCUCUGUUUUUGAACUUUUCUGUUUGUUGCUUUCUUUCUUUAUCGUGUUAAUUUCACUUACAAUUUUCUUUCAACUAGUGUUUUGAAAAUUUGUAGUCAGGUAGGAAAAAGUAUAAAAAAAAGAGAACCGAAAUUAAUAAUUUCUUCAUUUUAUCUAUCCUCUCGUUUCCUUAAUGAUUUGUCAUAUAUUUGAUAAUUUGGGAUUUGUUGUAAUAUUUACUAUUGGGUUUAUAUUAUCUCUCUGUGUGUGUGGACAGUUUUGUGAAAAGUAUGUGCAAUGUUUUCGGCGCACCUGGUGAUUACUGCCACUUGUGAAAUUAGUUAUAUUUAUAAUUUAUUAAAACAAUAAUUGAUAUUGAAUUAUACACUUUCUUUAUUUGAGUAAAGUUGAAUGAAAGAGAACAUAUCUAGUAUUGCAUAGGUGAAUUUAGUCUACAAUGUUACUUUAUAUUUCUGGUAUGUUUUCUGUUGUAAAUAAUAUUUUUUUUUGCAAUCUAUCAAUAUUUACUGAAGUAUGCUCAUUCAGAAUUCCUUAUGGUUGUUUAUAUUCAAUUAUAUAACCAUUAUACACACGGUAAAUUGAAAUGUUUAAGUAGUUGUAUACGAAAAAAGAUAAGUCAGUUUCACAUACUGACUGAAAAUAUACUGCAUUCUAUUGAUCAUCUCUCCAAAAGUGCCUUGAGUUUUUUUUAUGAACAGUUUUAAAAUGUCUAUUUCACAUGUUUGUUAUAUGAGAGAUUUAACGGGAUGUUUAAAAAGCUUUCCUACUGUAAUACUAUUAGUCUAAAAUGCUUAUUGUUUUCUACUAUGGUUAUUCCGAUUGUAAUGAUGAUUAGUUGUAAUUCAUUAGGUGAUCAGACACAUGAUCGUUGUUGUAUUCAGUUUUUUCUUUAUUUUUCUCUAAACAUCCAUAUUUUUACUUGAUGUUCGUUUUUUUAAAGAACAGUGACUUUUUGUGUUUUUUUCCUAAUUUAUGGAUACGGAAAGCAACUGGAACCAAUUUGUCUGAGGACUUCAUCACUUUUCUUCCUGUCUUUAUUUACCUUUACAUUAAAUUACUUGUGGAUAGGCUUAAAUAUGUAUCUUUUUUUCUUCUACUUCGUUUUUUUAUUCGUUACAUUCUUUUGCUCGUAUAUUUUUACACCUACUUGAUCAUUGAUUAAUUGUAUGUGUUAUAGCUGAGAAGGUUAAUCAUAAUUAAAUUUUGUGCUAUAGUUUAGUAAUGACUGAAAAAUUCUAGUGUGAUGUAUGCUUCUCUUUAUAUUCUUCAAUUUCUUUUUCGUACUAUGUGUUUGUGAAAUCAGUAAAUUAUGUAAUAAAUUUGUUUCCUUUGCUGAAUGAAAUAAUUUAUUAUUUUAUGCCUUUC